AGGCGGUCGAAGGAGCAGCAUCGGCAUGUGCCGAGCUCUCACCUUCGUCCUCGGACUCGGACUCGCUCUCGUACCGCUCCUUGUUCUCCAGCUCGAACAUCUCCUUGGCAUUCUCACCGUCAUCCCCGUCAAUCGUCUGAACGUAGUCGUCGUCGUCGCUGGCAAUCGACACGAUGGCAGGGCCGACGCAGCCGCGCUCACACGCCGACGAUGAAGAGGGCUCGUGGUGCUUGCUCUUGCUCUUGCCUUGCUCUUGGAGUGCUUGUGCUUGUGCUUUCCGGAUGACGAUGAAGCCGGGCAAUCAGGCGUGGUCGGGCAGGCGGGGGUUGGCGUGUUGCAAUCAGACGUGGGUGAUGCAGGAGUUCGAGCUGUUGGACUUGUGGUGCUUGUGCGACUUCUUGGAACUUGCGACUUCUUGGACUUGGACUUCUUGGACUUCUUGGACUUGUGGUGCUUUUUGGGAGGCUCGUCAUCAGAGUCGCUCCCGCUUCCGCAUCCGCAUCCGCCUCCGCCUCCGCCUCCACAUCCACAAACGUGCGGCGGCGGCGGCGGAGGGGUUACAACAUGGCUCUCAACGGAGACCAUCACAUGGUGGUCCUUUUGAGUGUUGGACGGUGACGAGCCGGAGUAAGCUGGUGGAGGGACUAGCUGAGUAGCCAGGGGCAGGGGCCAGCAGAGUAGCUGGGAGCAGGGCUAGCCGAGUAGCCAUCACCGUUGCCACAUGCAUGUGAAGGGGCAUAUCCUUGGCUGGCAGGGUAGGCUGGAGGAGGAGCAGGAUAUGCAGGAUAUGCAGGAGGAGGAGGAGGAGGUGGUG